GGCCGUCCUGGACUCCUGGGUUUGCUUGCUGCUGGCCCAUGCGCCCUUUUAGCGUCCCGAUUGUGGGCUUGGGGCAUAUGAGGAUGCGAAUGCGAUAGCGCCUCGCGCGCGCAGUUGUGGGUGCACCGCCAAAAUCCCCAAUUCCCAUUUCCUCGCAUCCCUAGGCACAAAACGCCCCUCCGCGCGGCAGCCUUGUUGCGGCGGGAGAGGAACCUCCGCCGCCGAAGCCAGGCCCCGGGUGCUCGGAGGGAGGGCAGGCGGUGGAGUUCCGGCUUGGAUCUUGGUGGCUGGCGACGCGGUGGCGCAGAAGGAUUCACUACCUAGCCUUCCUCGGAAGAGAGGUGACUAGAUUUUCUCACUAUGGUUUCUGAGGAAACCAAAUCAAAGAAGCAGAGAAAUGAGGAAUGCAUUAUAAACUGUCUCCCAGGAGACCUCAUUGAGCGGAUCUUUUUGAGGCUUCCAGUGAGCACUCUGUUGAGUGUCGUUGGUGUUUGCAAGCAGUGGCUUGAAAUCAUCCGCGAUCCCCAGUUUGUUUCCUCUCACCUCCAGGAUGCGCCCAACUGUGCCUUACUAUUCUUCCCGCAAGAGUCAAUUUCAGGAAAGCCCUACCCUGCUGAUGCUAUCGUGAUUGAUGAAUCCUGGUCACAGUCGUCAUAUGCAGUGCCAGUAAUUGGGCCUGAUGAUUUCCUUUGUGGCUCUUGCAAUGGGCUUCUUUGCCUAUACACAAAGACAUCAACAAUCAAGAUAGCCAACCUUGCAACUGGUGAAUACCUGCAUCUUGAGAAACCUGUAAAGAAUGUGAGGGGUGAUCACUACUUGUUCUACAGCUUUGGAUGUCACCCCUUGACCAAACAAUACAAGAUUACACACUUCCUUGAUGAUUGUGCCGAGGGUCUCCCUCGCACCCAUAAGAACAAAAGAUUCAGCGUCAUUCAAGUUUACACGCUUGGUGAUGAGAAAUGGAGAGAGAUCAGAACUCCAGAAGCCCAAAGCUUGAACUGUGUGAAAACCUCUGGAGCAAUCAAUGUUGAUGGAAUAAUGUAUUGGCUCACUGAAGACAUUGCAGCUAGCUGGCAGCAUGCAGUUAUGACCUUUGACCUCAAUGAUGAAAAUUUUGCAAGGAUAGAACUGCCAGCAUACGUACCUGAAGAUUGUUCUUAUGGUGGUCCUCGUCAAUACUGGGUCAGAGAGAUAGAUGGGAAGCUAUGUAUAGCAACUGCUCAAACCUGUCGUGAUCGGCCCAGAGAUAUUCUUGGUAAGCUGCAGAUCUGGACACUUGACAACAAAGCGGAGCAAAGGUGGAGCCAAAAGUACAAUAUUCAGUCACCAGAUUACAUUCCGGGCCCAAAUUUGGUUCACGGGGAUAAGAUCAUGUUGCAGCGUCGUAAUUGUAACCUAUAUUCGUAUGAGUUGCUCGGGGAGAACUUGAAUACUAAUUUGUGUAAGAUUUCAAAGCUGUUAGAUUUCUGCCCCCGCAAGCCUGGCAACAUGCAAUCCUACAUCUGUGUGAAGUCACUUGUACGUUUAGAUGUAUACAAGAAGGCUGGCAUUGUGCGUAGGUCAAAACAGCGGGAAGGCUGGGAGUUGAAGAAGUGGGAGGCGUGGGAGCAAGAGUUCUCUGAGACUGAAAAAAUGUGGAGUGGCACUUAUCAAGACGAGCAGAAAGGAACUGCAUAUGCAAACCGCAAUGGCAAAGCACUCAAUGCUCUACUGCCACAUAUAUUGGAUGAUGACAUUCGACAGGAAAUUGGCAUGAAAAUCAAUCAAAUAUUUCCAAACUUUCCAGAUCAGCAGCCAAGGCCCCUCCGGCGGCUUAAUUGUAUGGCAUCGAACCUGGAUAGAGAAAAUUUAAUUGGUCGUAUGAAGAAUUGGAAUAGUAUUACGAAGGCCACGAGGCAGGCAACGGGUAGUAUCAUUAGUAUGAUGCGUAGUGCUGUUGAUGCUCAGGUUGGUGCUUCAAGUUCAAAUGCUGUCAUUUCUGAUCAGAAUCAUAGCAAUGGCGACGAUACGAAGGCUUGAGACUUGAGGGACUCUUUAGCUCUUUUAUCUGCUGUUAUUUUUUCCGUUCGAAUUUAUGAUAUAUAUGGCACCUGUUGUUUAGUCAGUGUCAUAUUGAUCGAUUUGAGACUUUGAAGAUUCCGCUUUAGGGCAAGAGUCAUGCCAUGAUCCGAAAAUUCUAAACAACUGCUGUCAGUGAAUAUGUACUGAAGCGUUGCGAAUACAUUUCGAUUCCUUGAGGUCAAA